CAGACGUCUGCAGCAGUUCAUCUUAAAUGCUGUGUGAAAGAAGCGGUUUUCAUAUUCAUCUGUUUGAGCCAAACAUCAACAUGAGGAUUAUUCAGCUGCAGCUUUAUGUGUUUAUGUGGUGUCAAGCUGCAGUGACUUUAGAUCAACUCACAGAUUUGGGCCAAAAUGUGACUAUAAACUGUGAUCUGGACUCAAAUGAUGUUUAUUGGAUUUUACUGAAACAAUCAGAUUCUCCUACAGUGAUACUGCGCUCAUUCUCAAACUCACCAUUACCUCUUUACUUAAAUAAAAAGUUUAAAAAUAAAUAUUCAGUACAAUCUAAACACCGUCUGGUGAUAUAUAAUAUUACUGUAGAUGAGUUAGGAGUUUAUUACUGCAUGAACACAGGCGCAGGAUCUCCAAAACUCAGUAACAGCACAAGACUGCACAUCAUUGAGCCAACUCAACCGACUGAGUUAACUGAAUGUAAUAAUCACACACAUGACCCAGUGACCGAGCAAAACUGUACAGAAUGGAAGAUGUUCAGCCUUAUAUCUGCUCUGUUAAUUUGUGUUUUGAUCAUUACAGUCAUAGGACUAAUAAAAGUUUGUGUUACUAAAAAUGGAUGUUGGAUCAGAUCUGAAAACAGUUCAGGACAACUUCAUAACACCGAUCAACAGCAGACACAAGUAACAGAACAGCCUCAAGACCCAGACCAACUACAGUAUGCGACGAUGGACUUUUCUAAACUGCGUAAAAAUGUUCGUCCAAGCAAAGACAACAGAACAUAUUCUGCUCUAAAGCUGACAAGAUCAAGAGCACAAGAAUAUUAA